AUGGAGCUGGAACCUGCCUUGGUGAAGGUCGUUAUUCAGUUACUGUCAAUCGAAGAGAAGAAAAGAAUAAACCGGAGGCCGUUUAAUAAGGUUGUAAUGGAAUGCUACUACGAAGAUCAAGUUAAGGUAAUUAAAACAAAUGAGUACUUUAGCAAAGUUGAGCUGGAGGAAAUCAGGAGGAAAGUUAAUAACAUCAAUGAUGAAGAAAUGCAAGUAAAUGAGCAAAAAGAAAGUAAUUUAUCAGAACACGGAAUUAAUACAGAGAAUUUUGAAAAUAAAGAACAAGAGAGACCAGGGCAACUGGAAGCUGAAAAUGAAUCAACGCAGAGUGAAACAGAAUUAGCAGCAACAUCAGAAUUUCUUAUAUUGACUGAUUCGGAAUUAACAGAAGAACAGCUGGAAAAGAUAAAGAUUAUCUGCGAAUUGUCUAAAAAAGAAGGAAAAGAUCACAAAUAUGAUGUAACAGAAACAAACGAUCUGAUAAAUGCUGUAGCAGUCUAUGUGAGCCAACGGUUAGGAUUGAAACAGAGAAAGGAUAAAGUGUCUCAAGAACCGUUUUGGAAAAGGAGGAUCCAACGGGAUAUUAAUAAGUUGAGGAAAACUGUUGGCAAAUUAAGCCGUUAUGCAACAGGGCAAAUAAAAGAUGAAAAGAAACUAGAACAGAUCUUCAAAAAGCAUCAUGUGAAGAAGAAAGGGAUAAAAGUUGUUAUGGAAGAGCUUAAGCAAAGAAUAACAGCGAAAGCAGCAAAGAUAGGCAGAUAUGAAAAGCGGAUAAACCAAUUUAGAAUAAACAGGAUGUUUUCAUCAAACCAAAAGCGAGUUUUCAUGGAACUGAAUGGUGAAGUAAUUAAAGAGAACAUAGUACCAAAAGCGGGCGAAAGUAGAAAGUUUUGGAGGGAAAUAUGGGACAACCCAGUGGAACAUAACGAUAAUGCAGAAUGGCUACGAGGGAUCGAAAAUGAAUUAAGUAGAUUCAAUAAACAAGAUAAUGUGAAAAUCACUGUCCAGGAUGUAAAAAAGCAAACGGGGAAAAUUCCAAAUUGGAAAGCAGCUGGGCCUGACGGAGUACAAGGCUAUUGGCUGAAAAACUUGUCAUCAUUACACGAUAGAAUUGCUUGCCAGUUGAAUGCAGUGGUCGAAAGUGGUGAUGUUCCAGCAUGGAUGACGUAUGGAAGAACGGUAUUGUGUGUGAAGGACAGGAGUAAGGGAAAUGCUGCGAGUAACUUCAGACCUAUUUCAUGUUUAUCACUAAUGUGGAAAUUGCUAACGGGUAUGCUGUCCGAGCAGUUAUACGAGCAUGUAGAUACUAAUGAUAUGUAA